AUGAUUGGAGGGGAUUGGAACACCUGAAUCACAUGAUAUGGAGGGGAUUGGAACACCUGAAUCACAUGAUUGGGAGGGGAUUGGAACACCUGAAUCACAUGAUUGGGAGGGGAUUGGAACACCUGAAUCACAUGAUUGGGAGGGGAUUGGAACACCUGAAUCACAUGAUUGGGAGGGGAUUGGAACACCUGAAUCACAUGAUUGGAAGGGGAUUGGAACACCUGAAUCACAUGAUUGGGAGGGGAUUGGAACACCUGAAUCACAUAAUAUGGGGGGGAUUGGAACACCUGAAUCACAUGAUUGGGAGGGGAUUGGAACACCUGAAUCACAUGAUUGGGAGGGGAUUGGAACACCUGAAUCACAUGAUUGGGAGGGGAUUGGAACACCUGAAUCACAUGUUAUGGAGGGGAUUGGAACACCUGAAUCACAUGAUUGGGAGG